UCCUCCUAUUCCUUCUAAUUACGUGUCUGAAUCAUCUGCAUUAAGGCCAUCCCCUCCAGCCACCUGCCCCCCACAUGGCAUAGCACUGGGCUGGGGGCACUGCCAGCUGACCACCCCAGAUGUGCCCCUUGAGCCCCCCCAAACCCCCAGCCCCAUAGGGCUGCCCCACUGGGCUGCCCCACUGCUCCCACUGCUCCCCAGCCCCUUCAUGGUGCUGAGCACAGAGAUGCUGACGCUGGCCCCACCCUGCCCCUGUGCGGGUUUUGGUUUCCCAAUGUAGGAAGGAGCCCAAACCUGUGCCAAAACACCCACGGGGGUGUCCGACUCAUCCUGAUUUUCCAGCGUCUCAGCUGGGAAUAAAACAGCCCUCCUGCCACCGGCAGGGCAGAGGUGCUGCGUGCUCACACGGUAAGGAUGGAGCUGGGGCUCAGGACUGCGAUGUGAUGGGCUGGGAGCCAGGGUAGCUGUGUUGUGGGCAAUCGCUGUGGUUCAUCCAUGGAACUGGAGGAACCAGGUUCUGCUGGAUCUAGGAGUAGCUUCUGCACCUUCCAAGCUUGAUGAAUGGUGCAAUCCCAGCACAGAAAGCAACCGGCUUCAGGGAGCAGCAUGGAAGAGAUGGUGAUGGGGAUCUUUGGCUGUGUUUAAAGAUGCAGAAUAGCAGUGUAGGGUCAGGAGGGGACUGAAAGCAAAAAGGAUACAAACAUUCUGGGGUGCAGGUGGAGAGGGAAGGAGCCUGCAAUGGGAGCAGAAGAGCUUCAUGGAGAGCAGGGCUGGGAGCUCCCAGAGCUCACAAGUGAUGGGUAGAAAUGCUCCUAGGCAGAACGUGCUUCAUCUUCCUCUGGAAUUGGUGGCAGCCCACCUGCUGGCUUGGUACACUCCAGGGCACAGCAGCUGGGAACGACCUAAGUGGAUUUUUUCACUCUAUCCUCAUAUGUGAAGCCUAUUUCCAAGCCCAGAAUAAAGCCUGGCUCCUGUCAUUGCAUCCUGUGGCUCAGAAUCCCUCCUGGCAGAAUGGGGACUGUGGUGCUGGCACUGUCCCUGCUGAGCAUGGCUCUCCUGUGCCCAGCCACCGCCACGCUGCGCAUUGGUGCCUUCAACAUCCAGUCAUUCGGGGACAGCAAGAUGUCUGAUGAGAGCGUGGCAGGUGUCAUCAUCAAUAUCCUGCGCCGCUAUGACGUUGUGCUGGUGCAGGAGGUGCGUGACUCCGACCUCAGCGCCGUCACCGAGCUCCUGGAGCAGCUCAACAGUGUGUCCUCAUCCCCAUAUGACUAUGAGAUCAGCGGGCCCCUGGGACGGGACAACUACAAGGAGAUGUACCUCUUCCUCUACAGGACGGACGUCGUGUCAGUGGUGGACACAUAUCAGUACGAGGACCCACAGGACGUGUUCAGCCGGGAGCCAUUCGUCCUCAGGGUGUCAGCACCCCACAGCAGUGAGCAGCCAGGAGGUGGCCGCUGGGCUGUGGAUACACAGGCUGAUGUUCUUCUCCCCACAGAGGCGGAGGAGUUUGUGAUGGUCCCCCUGCACUCAGCCCCGCAUGAUGCUGUUGCUGAGAUCGAUGCGCUCUAUGAUGUCUACCUGGCUGUGGUCAAUAAGUGGGGGACAGAUAACAUCGUGUUCCUGGGGGACUUCAAUGCUGACUGCAGCUACGUGAAGCAGAGUGACUGGGCCUCCAUCCGCCUGCGCAGCAGUGAUGUCUUCAAGUGGCUGAUCCCCGACAGCGCCGACACCACCGUGGGGAAGUCGGACUGUGCCUAUGACAGGAUUGUGGUGUGUGGAUCCAAACUGAAGCGGAGCAUCGUGCCAAACUCAGCCACCGUGUACAAUUUCCAGCGUGCUUUCCAGCUGGAGCAGGAAGAGGUGAGCAGGGAUCGUAAGCCAGGACUCAGGGUGGCUGCUGUGCACAAAGCUGUUUGGAACAGCAAAGCUGAGCUGCCCCAGGUGCAGCAAAGACAACCUGGCACCACGGGGCUGCCAAUGUUCGGGAUUAUUUGGGAUUAGGCAGCGUGGUCCCAGCCAUGUGGCUGCUGCACUCCUGAGCCUGCAGCCCUCACCUAAGGCACACAGCUGCCCCCUGCAGACAGCCAAUGUGGUAGGGAUCCAUGGAACAACAUAUGAGGGGGAUUUGGGGUCACUGCCCAUCCCUGUGGGGACAGAGAUGAAUGGGGAGUUUCUGAGGCUUUCAUGGGCAGGAAUGAGCAUAGCAGGGGCAGAAUUCCAUGACUCCAAGGCUGGGGGCAUCCCAUCCACAUCCAGCAGUCACAAGG